AGGCGGUCGAAAGCUCUUCUUCAACGGGUAGGAGCCAAAAAUAUUGCUGUGCUGGCCGCGUAUCUUUCUCUUUCGUGAAGCUUAAAUCUAAAUGUAUUCGUAGGUUAGAUAUCCCCAAUUAGUACUGUUAGAAGCUCCAGAGUCUAAACCCAAAAGAGUUGCAACAGCUAGCCGGAGAAGAAAAAGGAAGAAAACACUCUCAGUUUCCUUUGAAUUGUUAGUCCUUUGUCGAAACCCUCCGGAGGUAUCGACUGUAUCAUCUUGUAUCGCGUUGACACUGUGUGAUACAUGCGACACAUAGUCGAUACGCAUAUUGAUGCUUUGAUACUUAAACUUGUUGGGCGCAACUUCUAAAGCCUCCUCACGUCGCUUGUGUUUUUAGGUGUCGAUAAUCGGAACUGCUCGCUCACUUUCGCCCUCGUUCGUAAAACAAGUACAAAGAUGUCUUCAAGCGAAGAUGAGAUCACAAGGCUUUUUCGAAUCCGGCGAACCGUGAUACAAAUGCUCAAGGAUCGUGGUUAUUUGGUUGGAGACUUUGAACUUAACAUGACGAGAUCCCAAUUCGUCUCUAAAUAUGGGGAGAACGUUAAGAGGGAGGACCUUGUAAUCAACAAAGCCAAGCGAAACGAUUCCUCCGAUCAGAUAUUUGUUUUCUUUCCGGAGGAGCAAAAGGUUGGUGUUAAAACUAUGAAGACCUACACCAACAGGAUGAAAUCAGAGAAUGUUUUCAGAGCAAUAUUAGUUGUUCAGCAGAACUUGACUGCCUUUGCCAAGACAUGUAUUAACGAAAUAGCUGCUAAGUUUCAUUUGGAAGUUUUUCAGGAGGCAGAGCUCUUGGUCAACAUUAAAGAGCAUGUUCUUGUACCUGAGCAUCAAGUGCUGACGAGUGAAGAAAAGAAGACUUUGCUCGAACGGUAUACUUUAAAAGAAACACAGCUUCCUCGGAUUCAAAUCGGUGACCCAAUAGCUAGAUAUUAUGGAUUGAAGCGUGGGCAAGUUGUGAAGAUCAUCCGGCCAAGUGAGACUGCAGGAAGAUAUGUCACUUAUCGCUAUGUCGUCUGAGAAGUUUGAGGAUAUUUUUAAUUGUUCUUAAAUACAUCAAAUCUUAAAGCAGCAGGCUUUCAUAUCCAAGAAUAGAGAAAUAUGAAACCUAUUUCCUAGGAAUUUGUCUUCUCUGUUAGACGCACUUGAACAUGCGAUGGUGCAACCGUGCAAUGCAUCAAACAAUUGUUUGGAACUUGGUGAGGCUUCUGAGUGCAUCUUUCUGUUUGUAAUUUCUUAGAGAGUGGAGCUUGGUUUCCUGAAAACAAAAAGAACAAAAGGAUUUGGAACCAAGGUAACAUUUCAAUGCGAAAUUAUCAUAUCGUAUUGGCAGGCCCGAAAAUGGUUUCAGGAAUUUUGAUCUUUUAAUGAAAAUUUAUGGUUUGCCCUAUCUUGUAAUUUUU